UCUAAUAACUCAUAAACUUUUCGUUCAUAUACUUGUAUGACAUUAGGUCGGUGUUAUAAGCAAGGAACGGACGGAGUGAAGAAUAAAUAAAACUGAAAGUCGCAGUAAUCGUAUAAUGCAGAAUGGCAGACGCAGGAAUUGACCGAAGCAAGUUCCGUGUUCUCUGUUAUAACAUACUUGCUGAGUUUCAUGCGUGGACCGAUGUUGGACGUUCAUUUAAUUAUCCUUAUUGUCCUGAAAAAUUUCUUGAAUCUGGUUACAGAAGGAAACUUGUUCUUAGGCAGUUAGCGGAAUACAAUGCUGAUAUAUUGUGUCUUCAAGAGGUUGACGAGAAUGCUUACAGGGCUCUGUUUCUGCCUGAACUAUCAAAACAUGGAUAUUCGAGUAAAUUUGUUAGAAAAUUGGAUAUCCCUGAAGGCUGCGCAACGUUUUACCGCAAAUGCAGUUUGACACUAAUUGUUUCCGAACAAAUAGUAUUGGGCGAUGCACUAAGAUCUAAACGCAAUUCUGAUUUGUAUAAUAAGAUCAAGUGUAACGAAAAAUUGUUGGAUACUGUAAUUUCUCGGGGAACUUCUUUGUCAAUGAUGCUACUGGAAACUACUUCUAAUGAAUUGCUUGUUGUCAUCAAUGUCCAUCUCUUUUGGGACGACAGAGGAGGGCACAUAAGGGCAAUACAAUCGCAACUCGUAGUACGGGAAAUGGAACAUUUCAUACAACGUUGUAUAAUUAGUGAUACUAACUUAGCUAAUAAGUUACUUGCCCGGAUAGUUGCAGGUGAUUAUAACAGCGACUCAUACUCCGCUGCUGUACAACUAAUGACAGAUGGAAAAGUGCCUUCAAAUCAUUCGGAUUGGUUUGCGAUGGGCAAAGAAGAGUAUCAGCCAGGGAUCGAAUUAGUUGGCAAAAUUAAAUAUCAAAGUGCCUGUGGCUAUCCCACCUACACUUGCUUUGUUCCAGAAUUUCGUAAAUGUAUUGAUUAUAUUUUCAUUGAUCCAAAGGUCCUAAAAGUCAUCGAAAUACACCCCAUUUCUCAAUCAUAUGAAGAAACGACUCGAUACACAGCUUUACCAAAUGAGUUGGCCCCAUCGGACCAUAUUCCAUUGGUCGUCGAUUUAAAAUUUAAUUUGCAAUGUAAGUAA